UGUGAGUUGUAGAUCUGAACGUCUUUAAAAGCCCUAGAAUUGAUCUUAACGCUGGACAAGUCAGUUUUAUUGGUUAAAAACGGCUGUUUUGUUGUGUUUAUUGUUCUGUCAGUCUUGUUCUGACUUGAUGUGUAAAAUGGCAGCCACAGAAAAAACACAUUUCAUAUAAAUAACACUGCUAAUACGGCUUUAUUUAUAUUAGUUAACUGUUUUUAUUGGAUUAAUCAGACUACAUUUGGUAAAUCAGACAGAAAGGAGUUUUUUUUUACCUCAGCAAAGUUUCAAAGUUGGUAAACAAAGACAAAGAGUGAAGCUGUGACCACCACUGUUCCUCCAGUUUAACAACUUCAAUAUGCUUUUAAGGGAAGAAGAUCAGACAUGGUAAUCCACCUUCACUCAGCUGUCUAAUCAAUCUAAUUACAUACAUGAACUAACUGGUAUUUCCUGGAAUUUAGAAUCUUAAGCAGGACUGAGAGAAUAAAGCACCUUUUUAGGCUCUUUAUAGUGUAAAAAUGAAGAACGACCAGGAUUAAAAUGACUUUCACUUUUACCACCUUUUUCAGGGAUAAGUUUGGUUUCUCAUGGUUUUAUGAACAGUAGAGCAAAUAUCAUUCAAGUAAACGUCAAUUAACCUCAACUGAAGAGACCAUUGAGUAUUUCUGUGUCCUGAUGUAGUCGUGUAACUUUUUAAAAAUAAUGACCGACAGAAUUAAAAUUGCAAAUGUAUUUGUGAUCAAAGGUCAUGCUGAUCUGGCCUCUGGUGGAGGAAGGAAAUUUGGGGUACUGGAGAUUUGGACUGAAUUUUACAGCUCAGUCUACAUUAAGAUAGCUUCUGUGACAAAUAGGAAAAUGCUGGAACUCCAUGGCUGUAACCAUAAGGAAACUCCUGAAAAGAUCAAACCAGAAAUACCAACAAUAGUAAGAGGGCUGGGCAAAAAGACAAGAUCAAAAUCAAACAAGCACUGGUCACAGAAAAGCAAACAGACUGGAAGGUUCAGUAGAGCUCUGUGUAACUGAGUGCCAAAAAACCGGGGCCGUGGGGGGGAGGGUUUGGAUCAUGUGAUUAGGUGGGGUGGAGUCUGGAGGCAAAUUACAGUGUGACCAGGGAAGCGUGACAUCCUGACUUUUCUCCAUACAUCCUCUGGUACCUGUGUCUGUGUAAACACAGAUAUGGAAUCGGAUCACGGAAAUUAGUUCAGAGUUGCAGUUGGGACAGCAGUGAAUCCCAGACGACCCUGCCCCCCCGCAACUUCCUCCAGCUCAUUCCCGGGGACCCCAAGCCACUCCCAGGCCAACUUGAAGAUAUAAUCCCUCCAGUGGGUCCUAGGACAACCCCAGGGUCUUGUCCCGGUCAGCCAUGGAGCCCUGCAGUUCUGCUCUCUGUGUCCUGAUCUUACUGACCACUACAUUCACUACAGUGUCUGGAGCUGAUUCCACUGAAAUAAGCGUGAACCUUAACGACUCAGUGACUCUCCCCUGUGAAGACAGAUGUUCUGGUUUGGUCACAUGGUCCCAGAGCUCUAGUGGUGUUGUGGCUCAGUGUAACCAAACUUCAUGCCUGUCGGUGAAGGAUGGAUUUAACAUGUCUCGUGAUCAGUACCUGAAAGGGAAUCUGUCUCUCAUCAUACCUGUAGCUGAUCCCAGUAAGAGCGGCGAGUACACGUGUCAGUGUGAUCAUAAGAACAUCAGUAAUGUGGUGCUGGUUGUGUCUCCUCCUUCAGUGAAUGUGAUUUUUCAUGGGAAUGCUGCUCUGCCCUGCUCUGAGAACUGUUCUGCUUUGGCUACAUGGGUCAGAAGUAAUGAAGAUGUUGUGGCUCAGUGUGAUCAGACUUCAUGCCAGUCCAUAAAACCUGGAUUUCAUAUGAUCCAUGAUCAGUACCUGAAGGGUGAUCUGUCUCUCUACAUCACUGACGCUGAUUUCAGUAUGAGAGAUACGUACGCGUGUCAGUGUGAUGGGACAGACUACUAUGAUGUAGAAUUAGUCAUUACUGCUCUCAACUCUACAGUCCAGAUUACGCCUGGGGAAUCUCUGGUGCUGGAUGUGGACGUCCUAGAUCCAGUGGAGGUGCUUUAUGAGAGCGCCGAGGCAGGUGGUUCUUCCAGUGGUCAGAUCUGUACAGUGGAUGGACGCUCACUACAGUGCAGUGUUGAUUAUAAACAGAGAGUGUUGUUCUCACCUGCUCUUGAGCUGAAAGGAAUGAAUCUGUCUGAUGAUGGAGUUUACACCAUCCGGGAUUUGAGAACUAAGCAGGACAUUCAUGUCUACACAGUGACCGUCAGAGAUGAUCCACAUCCGCCUGAAGAACAGAAGAUUGUUUUGUCAGUGCUGGGGUUGACAGGGAUAGUGGUGGGGACUGCACUUAUUCCCACUGUCAUAUAUUCUGUGAUUUUGUUUAUAUGUAAGAGGAGAAGCAGUCUGUGUGUGCGAGAUUGUGAGAUUAACGAUAUUAGAGGAAAUGGACAGAAUAAUCAGAAUACAGAAGAAGAGAACAUCCUGCCACCUGACCAACAAUAACCAGAUUCCCAGGGUGUGAGGCAGGGCAGCAGUUAUGUUCCUGUGUGGAUUUAUAUAUAUAUAAUGCUGGAUUUAUAGCUCCUGACUUUCAGCUCAAUAUAAAAAACAGAAACAUUCA